ACUGACCCAAGGGCUGCCGAACAUCAUUUGGAGGGCUGCCAUCAGUCGGGUGAGGACCAACCAUGUUUGGUGCAAGUCGGCAUCUUUAGUACUCGUCUAGCGCUGUUUGGUAUCUCCCCAAAGCUUCCCGAAUACCUCUCUCGGACCCUAGCGCAGGUGCAUGCUUAUUACUAG